AUGCAGGAACAGCCGCUCACUCUGCGAACAACGACACCACCGUGGCUUCAUCAUUGCUACGUGGUUCGCAUUAUCGACUUCAGAAAAUCCAACGCGAACGACUGUGGUGGCCGGUCCGUCAACGGAAUUGAGACCGCCCUUUUCGUCCAAACGGAGGACAAACCCGUCUCAGGUCAGCUCUUUACUGUUCGCCAGGUGCCCUACUCUCGCACUUUCACUUGCGAGACAGAAUCAUGCCAAAAUCCCAAAGACGACCCAAAGUUCGACUCUGAAACGGGAAUUGGUUACAUUUUCAAGAAAGACUUCAAAGAGUUAUUCCCCCACGUCUUGACCAGCUGCCCUCUGCCUCAUGCCCCGGGCCCAGAAUACGCCCCAAUGAGUACACAGUCCGAAAAAUCACAUGCAGAAGCCCGGGAGCAAGUUGAGGAGCUUCAGUCGCCAUUGACGAACUCGACCGAAUAG